AUGGAAAACAAUCCUGUUCCCAUAGUAAAUGUCCGGGUUGAUACCAAAGCCAUAUCUUCUUAUAGUAUAAUCAUCAGGGCACAUUGUUAUCUUCUCUCCCUCAGCUAUGCUAACCCAAAGGAAGGGCACGAGAAUGGAGAAAGGAGACAGGAGAAAGAGCCCAGAACCCACAAUGCCCACCACAGUCGUCACACCAAAGACCCGUGUCCUCCCCACAGUCAGUCUUCCCUUAUACUCGCAGAGGUUCCUCCUCAUAGCCCUACUGGGCCCGAAUUUCCCAAAUCAAGAGAAAGCAAAAGCCUGACAUGGGGAAACCAUCGGGCAUUGUCCCUCCCCCAAUUGAGUUCCCCUUUCGUCUCCCCCACUCCAGUACCACAACACCACAAAUAA